UCCUAUAGGGUGGACAACUCGUGUGCCAACUGCGGCGUUUACAGGCGUCGGUCGCGUCAUGAUGCGGCUGCUGGCAGUGAUGGGGGUCGUGUCUCUAAGUGCGCAGCUGUGCAGCUGUGCGCAGUCGUAUUCACAGGCGCAGUCGCAGUACCCGAGGUAUCUCAAGUUCCCUGUGGGGAGAGAUCCCGAUACAGAAUGUAUGGAUUAUCAAGUUAACAAGCGCUUCAAAGUUGGAGAGGUCUGGACAUCGCGCUACUCCGGCUGCAAGCAGAGCCACUGUAUUCGAGAAAAGGGUGUGCUCUAUAUCGACAGGCUCCAAUGCCCUUCGGUUCAAGACAAAGUGGACUACAAGAGGCUGAAGGCCGAUAAUCUGUUCUGUCGAGAGGCAAGAGGAGAUCGAAGGAAACCGUUUCCAGAUUGUUGUGCCCGCCUGGUGUGCAAAUACUACUUCAACGGGAAGUUGGUUCCCCUGCCGCUGCAUAAGUAUCCCUACCUGUGAGAUCUUAUACUCGCACAGCUCGACUGAAGCUGAUGGCACAGGACCCUACCACCUAUGUCGUCUU